UGGGGUACCGCACUCCCAUGCAACACCACAGUGCAAGUGUCUUGGUGCAUGAGGCACGUUUGAAAGCGACGAUUCUCUCUCAUUGAUGACUUGAGUUGGAGAACUCUCUGGAAUCAAAGUCAAUUAGGACGGUGAGAUGACUCGGAUGAUUACCGAGGAAAUUCGAAACUUCUCUCGACUUUGUGCGCCGAAUGCAGUAGCCAGGUAGUGCGCUGGAAUCGAAGAGGCCACAUGGAUAGCGAAUCCCCGAGUCGAUGACCUCUCGUCUUCGAUUCGAGAGACCCGAGCUUCGUCCCCCGAAGUGUUGUGCUUGCGAUGUGAUUUUACGUGGGUUCCAACAACGCUCUCUUUUGUGCAAUGCCUCGCUUCAGAUGGUCGCAAGAUCAGUUGGUCGUAUUGGAGAAUCAAUUCCGAGUGUCUCGUUGCAUCGGAUCAGAGCUGCGCCAGACACUCGCAGCAAGAUUGGGUGCGCAACCGUCACAAGUUGCGAACUGGUUCCUGAAUCGAAGAGUGAGGGAGAGACGUGCGCAUAGUGAGUCAAGGCGCCCUGCCCUGCAGCCCCUCCGCGAUCGUGAAAGAGGUGUCGAAUAUAGAGAAGAGUCGGAUUCCAGUAGCAGUCACGCGGAGAGCGUGGACACAGUCGUCAGAAGCGAUCCCGUUAUUGCCAUCAAACAUUCAAAACGUUCGAAUGUUCGAAACGCCCUCCCAGCAGCUGGUUCUCAUUUCGAACUGCACGAGCCCUCGGAACGUGGCUCUCCUGAAGAUUUGAGCAACGAACAAUUUUUUAUGGAAAUCCGAUCGGAACAAGGAACGAAACAGCUAUCGCAAUCGGUCGGGGGAAGUGAAAAUCGAAUCAUGAUCGGCCAUGACUAUCGGGGCUUCGAAGAGGAGAGGGUCUGGAGCAAUUACAUAACGGAUUUGAUCCUCGACAUGGAAAACGAUUAUGGAAGCCCAUACAUUAUAGACGAGAACACUCCGCCGCCGAAUCAAGAUCAAAGAUCAAACUCUGUUUUUCUAGUUAAAAGGACAGUUGACAAGAACGCGGCCCUAGAGAACAUUCUGCGUUUUCUUCACGAAUGAAACGCGGGUCUGCGCAGACUUAGGGAUAGGUACCACGGAAUAGAAACUAGGUACCACGGAAAGAUAAGCUCAGAACUCGAGCGGGUAAUCGCUACUCGCAAGCUAAUAAAAUAAUGCAC